UUCUAAAACAAGGUUAGAAAUGGCAUUGGAAUAAGAAACAACCAAUAUUGAGUAGCAACGAAAAGGUGUUGAAAAGUAACUGUAGGGAAUAUUUCAUUCUAAUUUGCAGACACUUUAUUUAGUUUAUUAUACUGAAGAAUCAGAUAUAUUUUUUUUUCUAUAAUUUUACAUUUCUAUUUUUUUUGCGUUCGAUCCUGUCCUUUAAAAACAUCUUAUGUUAUUUAAUUGAAUCGUUCUGGCGUUUAUUUUUUACAAAAUAAGAUGGCAAUAUUGGAAGAAGAUAUAUCUUAUCCCUCGUAAAUACCUUUUAAUAACAUUAACUCAAAAGCAGUGAGAGACAAAAUAUCAGCUGACAUUAGUUUGUUCGAUUUGGUGAACCUGUCGAACGGGACACCUGAAGUUGGAGCUGUCAACUUCAAUGCGUUGCAUACCCUCCUCCACGCUAUCCUGGGACACCUGAAAAUCCAAAAUGUGACCACCGGCUGGAGAGAGCAGGAUGCCCCGCCACAGGAGCCCCAUGGCCCGCAUCUGACCAAGUCCUCUAGCCCGUACCAUCACAUGGAAGACAAACUUCGGCAGAUAGAGAGACAGAUGGCCGCGCUGGAGAAGCUUCCUAGCGGUACAGACCUUCUGAGCCGCACUGCCUCAACCACAACACCGGUCAACGACUUGUGUCAGCUGAUGCAGCUCCGCCGCAAGGCUCAGGCGAGUGAGGACGGCGUGUCCAAGGUACCGACCAGGACCAACUACCUAGUUUCUGAGGCAAGCCAGCAGUGGAAUGCAGGGGGAUAUGCUGCUGGCAAGUGAUUCAGCCCCUCUUAUCUGUAUUAAGUCCUUGAGUGCUUGCUCAUCAAAGCCCUGUCCCGCAGCUGGGGGCCUGUCUAUGUGGUGAAUGUCUUUAUCGCUGAUCCAGGAUCUGCUGAAGGAGAUCCAGGACCUGCAGGAGUCCAGAGAUGACCUGAAGAAAGAGAUCAAGAGCCUCCAGAACCAACUCAACCAGCUCAUAGUGAGGAAGGAUUGCAGAUAGACAACAUUUGGCAACCUUGCUCAUCUCCCCUAUUAAUCUACAGUAGGGGAUCUACCCAGUGCUCAUCACCAGGGAAUCCUUCUCCAUCUCACCACCCCACACAGUGGUGAAAUAUAGCGUCAUGGAGAGCCCGAUCCACCCUGGCCCUGGUCCCCUCCCUCCAUCCCGCUCUGUAGGGGACAUGGAGUCAUACAGAGGGCAACAGCAUCAAAGAGCCACAGCUUAUCUCUGGCAACCUGGCAUGUCACUCACCCCAACAAUAGAGUGAGGAUAAUUAUCCUACAUGUCUGUUUCCAUCUGGUAGCAUGAUGUUGCUCUGGGUAUUUUUGGGUUCCAGCUGAAUAUGAGUGAGCUGGUUGACAGAAUCAACGAAGUGGAACAGUACUGCCACCGACUGGACAACCUGGACUCUGCCACCAAAGAGCUGCAGGACAGAGUUGGGCGUUACCCAGACCCAGACGAGCUCAUCCAGUGUGUGACCUGGGACAUCAUGCAGACCACCUUGGUUAGCGAGCAACAGAAUCUGCAAAAGGCAUGUCUUAUGUCUCGCUUGAAAGAGCGAGAUUCCUUUAUCAAGUAAUCAUAUACAAGACAUAGGAAUAGAGCUCUGAUGGAGCUGCUGCCUUCACUCCUGUCACUGCAAGCCAGCAUGGGGGGGUCGCUGCCCCAGCAGUCCUUCUCUGAUGGAGCUGCUGCCCUUAGACCUGGCACUGUCACUGCCAGCCAGCAUGGGGGGGUCGCUGCCCCAGCAGUCCCUCUCUGAUGGAGCUGCUGCCUUCACUCCUGUCACUGCAAGCCAGCAUGGGGGGGUCGCUGCCCCAGCAGUCCUUCUCUGAUGGAGCUGCUGCCCUUAGACCUGGCACUGUCACUGCCAGCCAGCAUGGGGGGGUCGCUGCCCCAGCAUUCCCUCUCUGAUGGAGCUGCUGCCUUCACUCCUGUCACUGCAAGCUAGCAUGGAGGGGUCGCUGCCCCCACAGUCCCUCUCUGAUGGAGCUGCUGCCUUCACUCCUGUCACUGUCACUGCCAGCCAGCAUGGGGGGGUCGCUGCCCCCGCAGUCCCUCUCUGACGGAGCUGCUGCCUUCACUCCUGUCACUGCAAGCCAGCAUGGGGGGGCGCUGCCCCAGCAGUCCCAUUUCUGAUGGAGGGCAGCAAACCCCUGUCUCGUGUGGCCAGCGGGGCAGAGCGUUACCCAGAGACAAUGGAGGCCCUGAGGGACGUGAGCAGGCUCAGGGAGAGACACAACACCCUGGAGACCAGAGUAGAGCUGCUGGAAGCAGGCAAGGCUGACCAGGCCCAGCUCCAGCACCCCCGGGAGCUCCUCACUGACUUGGGUGACAGGGAUGUGCCUGACAAACUGUUGGAUCAACUGAAUCAUCUGAGAGUUCUGGUCGACAGCCUGAUGGGUGACAGAGCCAAGAGCUCGGAGCUGAUGAAUGACGUUCAGGGAGCCAUCAUGCAGCUGCAGGCUGAGUGUGAGAAGCUCCACGGCACAGCCAACCACCUGAUUGAGGAGCACAGCCAACCACCUGAUUGAGGAGCACAGCCAGAAACAGGUCCAUAUCGACAAAGCAGACAAGCGUGCCCUGGAGACCAAGGUGAGCCGCAUGCAGUUUGACUCCAUGACAGAGGAGCUCAACACCAUGUUCCAGGAGCUGCUCAGCAAGAUCACCGGCCAGGAGCAGGACUGGCACAAAAUCAUUGACAA